GCCACGCCCCCGGCUCCUCCCCCCCGGCUGUCCAUUGGCCGCGGGCCUCUGUGAGGUAGCGGUCAGCUUUCUCCGGAUUCCUAUUGGCCCAACGUGCCGUCGGUCGGCAGCCGGCCCGCCCCCUCAGAACCUUACAUUUACAGUGUAGCAAAAGAGAAAGUAACUAUGUUGCUGCUGGAGAUCAAUGAAGCCAAGUGAAUGGGGGCUGAAUGGGCGAAUCCUUAGCUGAAGCGGAGCGCCAGAUGGUGGAGGGCUACACUUAUUUCUGAAACUGUCUUGAGUUCUUCUUCAAUUGCCAGUUUUCAGCCUCCUCAUGCCUCCAUCUCCUUUAGACGACAGGGUAGUAGUGGCACUGUCUAGGCCCGUCCGACCUCAGGAUCUCAACCUUUGUUUAGACUCUAGCUACCUUGGCUCUGCUGCCCCAGGCAGUAACAGCCACCCUCCUGUCAUUGCCACCACCGUCGUAUCCCUCAAGGCUGCGAACCUGACGUAUAUGCCCUCAUCCAGCGGCUCUGCCCGCUCCCUGAAUUGUGGAUGCAGCAGCACUAGUUGCUGCACUGUGGCAACCUACGACAAGGACAAUCAGGCCCAAACCCAAGCCAUCACCGCCGGCGCCGCCGCAACCGCCAUCGGAACCUCUACCACCUGCCCUGCCAACCAGAUGGUCAACAACAAUGAGAAUGCAGGCCCUUUAAGUCCAUCAGGUGGGGUGGGCAGCCCUGUGUCAGGGAACCCCAAGCAGCUAGCCAGCAUCAAAAUCAUCUACCCCAAUGACUUGGCGAAGAAGAUGACCAAAUGCAGCAAGAGUCACCUGCCGAGCCAGGGCCCUGUCAUCAUCGACUGCAGGCCCUUCAUGGAGUACAACAAGAGUCACAUCCAAGGAGCUGUCCAUAUUAACUGUGCCGAUAAGAUCAGCCGGCGGAGACUGCAGCAGGGCAAGAUCACUGUCUUAGACUUGAUUUCCUGUAGGGAAGGCAAGGACUCUUUCAAGAGGAUCUUUUCCAAAGAAAUUAUAGUUUAUGAUGAGAAUACCAAUGAGCCGAGCCGAGUGAUGCCCUCCCAGCCACUUCACAUAGUCCUCGAGUCCCUGAAGAGAGAAGGCAAAGAACCUCUGGUGUUGAAAGUGAGAAAAACCAGUCACACUGAACCAGAAGCCAGAAGACCCGGGUUCUAGUCUCCAUGCAGCUUCUCAUUCGCACUAUGAAAGCUGGAUUCAGGAAAAUAAUUUAUCAUUUACCUCUGUUGGAAAGGAUAGUCUACGGCCACCUGCCUCCUCCUUAAAGACCUCUAUGCCUUUAAAACUUUUAUUAUAAGAAUUUUCAAAUAUAUAGAAAAGUAGAAAAGAGUAUAAAGAGCACCCAUAUACCUACCACCCAGAUUAAACAGUUGUUUAUAUUUGCCCGAUUGGCUUUCUCUUCCUUUUUUGGUUGUUGAAAUAUUUUAUAGUAUAGACAACAUUUUAAUGUAUUCAAAUAUGUUUCAGCUUUCAAGUUACUGUUUUAGAAUUAAUAAGGCUGUGGACAUUUUAUAGGAUAGUACAGACACAUUUUCACCCUAAACACUUCAGUAUCGUGUGCCCCCUCUUGAGAGUUUUUCAAACUUCGAUUUCCACUGUGACUAGCUGGCUCUCAGGUCUGUGGAGAAGCAACUCUCCCUUGGAGUGGGAGGGUUCCGGGCACCUCCUCGGGGGGCUGUAGCCCCCCCUUCCACGUGGCUAUGUCAGGGCCCGGACCUGUACUUGCUCCAUGCACUGGGGGAGCACAGACUGCUGACCCAUUCAGUCCCCACCACGGACCUGCUGCUGCACGGGCGGUGUUCAGUGGGGAGCAGGAGAGGAGAGACAAUCACUUCAGGAGGCUGAUCCGUACGGAAGAUAUGAUAACACAGGGAGUUCGAUUUUUAGACUAUAAAACCUUCCAUCCUAAUUCCUGAGGAGUAAGCCACACAGAGUGCACAUUCUUCCAUAAUCACAAAGGAUUCUGAAGUAACACUUAGAGGCAGUAUUGAGUUUGAUGACAAAGGGAAAGGCUAUGCUCAAUAAUCGGAGACCCCGCGAAAAUAGUCUAUUUCUGCUUUGUUUCUCGUGGGGGAACAGCAGCUUUCCUCUGGUCUUGCAGGAUGUUAUGAGGAACUUUUUAAAGAUAUGUGAAAUAAAGACAUACCUCCUAUAAUCACAAA